ACCGGAAAACCCAGGGCUGGGAAUAGAACCCAGAACCUUCUUGCUCCAAGGCAACAGUUCUACCAACUGCAGCACUGUGCAGCCCAUUGUUAAUAUCAAAAAUAAGACUUCUUUUUUUUAUUUCAGAAUUAAUUCCCCAGUGGCCGGUGCUUUACUUCAAAGUCCUGUCCCUUGACUUCUGGCAGCGUUACCGAACUGAAGGCUACGGGUAUCUACUGUUUCCCGCCAUGCCUGGUAAACACACAGUGACAUGUCACACAUGGAGACCUGUUCAGACGGGGACAGUUUCUGCUUUGAGGCGCUUCUUUAUCGGAGGUUCUGCAGAACUUGAAGACAACAGCUACGUCAGAGUACCAGGGACAUUUAAGGGAGAGAGGUUGAGUCGCUUUGGCUUUUGCACUGAAACCACAGGAAGUGUUACCUUCAGGCUGCACUGCAUGCAACAAGCCAGGGCCUUUGCUGACGCUGCUCUUCUGAAGAAGAGAAGACAGAAAGUGGUCGACCACCUCGGAGGUUUUAGCCAGCAGGGAAUGGUCUGCAGCAUUCUGGAGGCCUACCAGAGGGCUCAUAAAAGGCUGCAAGAGGCCAGAGAAAGUCUUCCAAGAGAUGUUCUUAACUCUGCUGCCCAACUCCAGCCGGAGUCCUCUGCAUAGGAGUCAAAAUGAAGCUGAAAGCAGGGCCAGCAUAUUAUCUGUGCUUACAGAAACACAAAUGUGUUCCGAGUAAUAGCAAAGGAAUGUCAAGUUUCUUUUAUUUUUCUCAUUAAUUUUUCAUUCAAUUUGUAACAUUUUGGAUCUAAUAUUG